UUUCUCUGGAACAGUGCAACAAGCCUAGUAGAUAGCAUGGUAGAUAGUGUGGUACGAAAGUGUAUAUGUGAGUUUUGAAUAAAUGAUAGAUUUUGACGUAUAUCUUGAAAAGUGUUCUCGUUAGGUACAUUUGUCAUCGCGCUUUUAUCUACGAUAGAAGGCAAGCUGAAAUUGCGAUUAUUCGCCGGAAUGUCGUACAUUUGAAAACAAUCUUCACGAAAUGUUGGAAUUGACAAAAUUGUUAAAAUCGUACACUAUCGAUUGAGAGUCUGAUUGGUUAAGGCAGUGCUUAACGCAAGUAUGGCCGCCCUGCCGUCACCUACGCAGGUGGCUGGAAAUCAUACUGCAAUAUAUGAGGCUUAUUAUAAUCAGGUUGAUCCGAACGGAUAUGGACGGAUUGAAGCGAUGGACGCUGCAAGAUUUCUUAAGAAAUCCCAGCUAAGCGAUGUUAUUCUCAGUAAAAUAUGGGACAUGGCUGAUCCACAGUCACGCGGUUUUUUAGAUAAAUCUGGUCUGUUUGUUGCGCUCAAGUUGUGCGCGCUAGCUCAGACCGGAAAAGAUUUGAAUAUGUCUAAUCUUAGCCUCGAAUUACCACCACCAAAAAUGGGAGAUAUUCCUAUCGUUCCACAAAAAAUUAUCACCAAUGCUCUGCCUGUAAUAACGUCCGUUAGCAAUGGAGAUUGGUCCAUUAAUCCUACAGAACGGGCGAAAUACGAUCAGCUUUUUGAUAGUUUGCAGCCAUCUAAUGGCUAUAUAUCAGGAAAUAAAGUUAAAGGUGUUCUCAUGGAUAGCAAGCUUCCCUUGGAUACUCUCGGCAAGAUUUGGGACUUGGCGGAUAUGGACAAGGAUGGUAUGCUGGAUAGACAUGAAUUUGUAGUUGCUAUGCAUCUUGUAUAUAAAGCGCUGGAAAAAUAUGCGAUACCAAGUGUACUUCCACCAGAGUUAAUGCCACCUGGUAAAAGGAAAGAUAUUAUUAUCCCCAAGUCUAAGUCUUCUACGCCGAUGGGAAUGGCAAUCGUGAUGUCGUCACCGCAGUCGCAACCACCGCCGAUUCCACCUCUACCAAAUAUGGCGGGCGUAAAGAGCUUAACCGGGUUAGAUGCUGUGAAAACGAGCACGCAGUGGGUAGUCUCAACUGAGGAUCAAAUAGCCGCAGAGAAAUUGUUUUUACAAGCUGAUCUGGACAGAGAUGGAUUUGUUUCUGGUGUAGAAAUCAAGGAUGUCUUCCUACAAAGUAAACUUCCGCAUCAUGUAUUAGCGCAUAUAUGGAGUUUGUGCGAUAUUUGUCAAAGUGGAAAACUAAAUAAGGAACAAUUUGCCAUUGCUAUGUGGCUUAUCAAGCAAAAACUUAAUGGCAUAGAUCCUCCGGCAAGUUUAACUCCUGAAAUGGUACCGCCUUCUAUUCGAAAAACUGGAGAAACUAUAGUGGAAAACAAUAACAUAUCGGGCUAUUCGAAUCCGGAGUUGGAUAUGAUAAGUAAAGACAUUGCGGAACUCGUUCGCGAGAGACAGACCAUGGAACAAGAUAUAGCGCAAAAAGAAGCCGACAUUAAAAUAAAGAAUGGGGAAAUUAAGAGUCUGCAAAGUGAAUUGGAUACGCUUGCAGCAACCCUAAAACAACUUGGAAAUCAGAAGGGUGAGGCGCAGAAGAGAUUGAAUGACCUAAAAGCGCAGGUCGAUAAGCUUCGUCAACAAGCUGAAGAGCAGGAAUCUGUGCUGCGGAGUCAGGAAGAGGAGCUGAACUUCAAGAGACAGGAACUCGAAGGACUGCGGCAAGAGGAGCAGCAAUUGGAGCAGCAACAAAAUAAAAAUAGGGACCAACUGAAUGAGCUGACCAAAAAGUUGCAAGAUACUCAGUUAGAGAUCUGCCAGGCGAAGGCAAAGAUUACUCAUUUGCAGGAGCAGCAGCGUCAAAUGAGCGACGCCAUCGCGCUUUACGAUUCUGCACUUGCUGCAGGAGACGUUAAUCUUGUACCUGAUACUAGUCUACAAUUUGUACCCGAAAUUGAAGAUAUAGAGUAUGAAACAAUAGUUAAGGAUACAAAUAAAACGAACGAAAUAAAAGUAGAUGCAACCGGAACCGUCUUAAACGGAUUCGAAGAAGAUCCUUUUGCAUCGAGUAAAGCUAAAGAAGCGUUUAGUACACCAAUAUCUGAUCCGUUUGGAAAUGCGUUUUCCGCGCAACAAUCUAAUAAUGGUUUUACAGCAGAUCCUUUUACUACAUUCGAUAAUACCAAUGUAACGGCGAAGCAAGAUCCUUUCGAUCCGUUUAGUAGCGGGAAGCGAGUUGAGAGUAAAAUGCCCGUAACUGUAUCGAAUACAAAGGAUCCCUUUGGAGAGGAUCCCUUUGCCAAUCUUCAUGCACCUCCUCGACCCGAGAGCCCUAGUCCCGCUCUUCCACCGAAGAAAGCAAAGCAGCCACCUCCGCGUCCGGCUCCACCACGACCGAGUCAGGGACCUACUGGCCCAUUGAGAGCGGCACCCGCACCUCCAACGCCUUCGCCCACUCCGGAUCCAUUUGCGAAUGCAAAUUCGGAUCCAUUUAGUUCUCAACAAACAAUUGAUAACAACAAUAGUUUCACAUCUUCUGGAUUUGCCGAUUUCAGCAAUUUUGAUUCUAAGCCAGAACCGACGGCUAAUCGAACGACGACUCCAACAAAAGCAACGACGGAUGAAAUCCACGUAACAAUGACUCAACCAAAGCUGUCGGACUUUACGGAGGAUCCCUUUCGAGAUUAUCGUUACGAGGACCCGUUCAACAUAACAGACCCAUUCGCCGACGAGACAGAGGAUCUGAACGCGAAUAAAAGUAAAAAGGAUAAAAUCCCUUCAGAUCCUUUUGGCUUCGAGACGAUCUGCGCAUUUUCGAAUAAGAACACCUCAGCUAAGGUUUUCGAUAACGAUUUCUCGAAUAUGUUUUCGCUUGCUAAAGCAAAGGCCGAAAGAAACAGCACGAACGAUGGAAGCGAUGUGAGCAAAUUCGAUGUCGAUUUCGGAAAAGCGUUUUCUACUGACAACAAAAACAUCCGAGACGUUGAGGCCGAUUUCUGCCAGACGUUUACCAACGUCAAGGCAAGAACGGUCAAUCUUGACGAAGCAUUUUCAACUAAAGAAAACAACAUAAAGGCUGCCGCGAGGAACGAGUUAGAUGUAAUCCGUACUUCAAAGUCUAAUAUAAUUUAUAAUAAUGAAAAACUCGCCAACCUCGGCAUGUGGAACGGUAAUAAUAUAGCUAAUUUGUCGGAAGAGGAGCAAUUAGCAUGGGCGGAGAAGCAAAGUAUUAAAACGGAGGAGGAGAGACUCAGGCGUAAGGAGAAGGAGGACGCCGAACUAGCUCUCGCGCUUGAACUAAGCAAACAGGGAAAGUCGGGAGAUGUUUAGACGUUCGGGAUCGGCAAUGCUAUACCUUUUCAUUGAUAUUACUGUGAAUCUUGUUAAAUUGUAUGACAGAAUUUCGCAUUUUACAAUAAUGUACAUGCUUGCAUUAUUAGGUAUUAGCGUCACGUAUAAAAGCGAAGUAUAAAUACAUAUUAUUAUCAGAUUGACAAUAAUGUCGAGGAUAUACAGAGGUUGAAGUGUCUAAAAGAAAAAGAACAGUUAUUAUGAAUAUUGUUAUAGAGAAUAAUUUUUGAUUGAACAGAACCCGUAUAGCAUAGAACAAUCUAACAAUAUUGCUACAAUAUUGUUGAAAUACUGCUAAUACUAUUCGAAUAUUACCAAACGCAACAUUACUGCAAUGUUGUUGUCAUAUUAUACAAAUGUAUAUGUAAAAAUAUUUUGACAAUAUUGUAGAAAUGUUGUAAGAUGCUGCAACAUUGCUGGUACAUUCUGUGCUAUGAAAACCUUAUUGAAAUUUUAUAUUUCUAACAGUGUUUUCUAAUGUUUCAACUAUUUGAGAAAAUUCGUUAAAAAAUUUAAAAAAGAAUUUUUAUUUUUGUUCGUCUAUUUUAUUUUUGUUUUUUUAUCUUAAUUUUGAUGAUCUAUUUGCGAACGCUAUCGAAAAUGUUAUGCGCGUUAACAUUGAAUUACACACCUAUAAAUAUAAACGAAUGAUAAUAAAUAAAAAUAAUGUAUGAGAAGUUCAUGUUGUAGGAGUUUAUUCGAUCAAAGCACAGUGACACACAGUAUCAUUAAACGCUAUCGUUAUCAAUAUAUAAACUCCUAUCGAAUAUUAUGAGAUUUCAACGAUAUAUUCAUCACUGAUCGCUCAGCGUAUGAAAAUCUAAUGGCGAUUCGGUUGGGUGCACCAGUGUGCACUAGUGCGCCCUCGUUUAGUAUUUCGUAUUCUGUUAUUUAAAAUAUGUACUUGUAUUCAAAAUGAGAAAAACUAAACUGCACUAAACGAGGUCGCACUUAGUGCGCACUGGUGCAUUCAAUCGAAUUCGCCAUAAGUCGCUUCAUAUCAACCUUUAAUGAUUUCAUGUAACAGAAAAAAAAAGGAAAAUAUAUUUGGUGAACGAGAUAUUGAAGUAACUUCCACGUAGACAGUACCGUCUACUGAUUCAGUUUUAGAACGUUCCAAAGAAUGUAAUGUUCAAAAGCGUCGUAUCUCUGCGCUUAAGGAAAAGACUCUUCGUAUUUAAUAAGGUUCGAAAAAUCGAGCAUAAAGGACGACGUCUAUUUCAAUUGCAUUACCUAUAGUAUCGUAUAAUUUCGACAACGAUGUUAUAUGUAUUUCAUAUAAUGUAAAUAUUAAUAUGACAACAUACAUUAAGUAUUAUGAUAAUUCUCAUUACGUAAGUUUUUAUUAUCGUUGUAAUUGUUUAGCUAUACAUUAGUAAUACAUUGUUAGUAAUACAUUGUAUGAGACAUAUGCUAUAUAGGAUACGUUCUGAAAUUUACUGCCAGUACUGAAAAUCUAUAAUAACACGAACUAUAGAUUCUCAGUACUGACAGUGAAUUUUGAAACGCAGCCAUAAUAUAUUGUUAACAAUAUCAGUGCAAAAAAAUUUAUGUCGACAUAUCUAUAUUGUAUCACACAUAUAUUUUUUAUUUAGUUCAAUCACUUAUGUCUGUUAUGUAAUUUCCAUUUUAUUUCGCCUUUAGAUGUUAUGUAUGUAUGUGUGUACGCGAGUAUGUGUAUGUACCGUAGAUAGCAUUAAGAAAGAAUUCCACCAAAUAAAUGUACAAUACUUUCAAA